UACUACCAGGUUGGUUGGGCACAGCCACCCAACUAUCUGGCGUUCCAUCCAGUGGAUCCAAGCUGACCAUGCUGUUGUAUCAUCUGAAAUCAUCAAAGAAUCUCGUGGUGAGCCACUCGGGAUGCGCCAAAAACGAGUUUAAAAGAACCUCCAGACAAGGCUGAAGAUCCUCUGCCAGGACCGCCAAGCUGGUUGCAACUACAUCAAUGUUAUGCUCCUGAUCAUAACCUAACCGCACCCAUCCUGUGGUACACUAAUGAUGGGGAGGUUCAGCUUCUUCAGAUGGUCAUGGGAACUUAAGUUUUUUCAGCGUAGAGAAGUGAAGCCUGCAACACACUAAUCAUGGGCGUGCGAGGUUUGCAGUCGUUUUUGGAGGGCCACUGUGGGCAAGCAUGCUACUCUGUCAACAUAGGAAAGGUUGCGGACGAGUACCAUAAGCGUUCUGGAAAAGUUCCGCUGCUUGUGGUGGAUGGCAUGUCCUGCCUACGGAAGUUGUACGGCAAACUAAAUUGGAUUUGCGGAGGUCAGUGGAAGGGUUAUGUCGAACACAUUCAAGAUUUUUACAAGAGUCUGACGGCCCACGGCAUCAGCCUCGUGUUCUUCUUUGAUGGCAACACACCGGAGCGUAAGCGCGUGACCUGGACACACCGGCGACUGGAGAACCUGAAGGAUGUGAUGAAUUACUUCAGUAUGAUCAAAACAAACAAGGAGCUGGAGCACGGCAAGCAUUUCUUCCUACCCACAGGGCUGGCAGCUUUUACACCUCUCAUAUUUAAGGAUGUUCUGGGCUGCCCGGUGUUUACUUGCCUGGAUGAGUGCGACAAGGCUGUAGCAGAGUAUGCCAAGAAGUUUGGUGCCAUGGGGAUCUUAGGCCAGGACUCAGACUAUAUAAUCUACAACACGUCUCAUUACUACUUUUCUAUUAAUCACCUAAACCUAGAAACUCUGGACACUAUUAUGUACGACCGUAACGCUCUGUCUCGUGUUCUUCACAUCACCAUCGAUCAGCUGCCCGUCCUCUCCUGCCUUAUAGGAAAUGAUGUAAUCCGUCAAGAGGAUCUGCUGUUAUUCCACCAGCAGUCACUUAAGAUGUCAAGCCAUCAUCACCACCGUCACCACAACCGCCCCCCACCAGAGAUCCUCAUCCCCAAAGUGGCCACCUUCAUCAACACGCAGCCCUCCAUGGACCACCUGCUUCAGCAACUACCCCUCCUGGCCAGGGCAGUAUUCCGAGAUGAGAAUCGCGCCCACCUGCUAGUGGAAGGCAUCAAGAUGUACCAACUGGAUCUUGAGACCGGCCCAGAUGAGUUCACCCAGAAGAUUGAAGAUACAUCGGGUUUGGACAUCAUGGAGAGAGUGCGAUUACGUCACAUAAAUUCCGAACUGGGCCGUCACCUGUACACAAUACUGAGGGGGGAGCCAUACGAGUCCUCGACCACCCUUGAAGAUUACUCUUCUAAUCUCCCAUCUGGUGCCAUAGUGUUCCAGUCUCUGCGGGCCAAACUGUACAGAAUAUUGCAAAAGUCUGCCAAAGACGGGUUGAAUCAGGUUCCAGAGUGGUGCAUGUACUCAGGCAGCACCCUCAAGGAGCCAGACAUGGUGGAUCCUGUUGAGCUAGAAGGAGGAAGUCCAUCACUAGAAGAACUGUGGGACGGUGAUCAGGACCUCAAGUGGAGAACUUUCCUUGAUGCCAUUAAUCCAGUUUUCAGUGAAACCAAGAUCCGCUCCCUUCCUCCCAACCAUAUUGUACCUGUUGCCAUUCUCUUUUAUUUACAGUGCAGUCAACCAAAACCAAUUUUGAAGGACUGGGAGAUGAACGCUAUGAUUGCUGCAUUCUUGUCACCAACACGUGAUGACCUUAACCAGAUCCGGGCACUGGCACUGCCAAGAAUUGAUGCACGAGCUGUGCAUGUAGCUGCUAUAUUCAUGAAGGGACUUGUCAAUUUAUAUUUCCUCCUGGCAGUGUGUGACUUCCCAGUUGAACGUAAAAAUGCAGUGCCUUGGGCCUUCUGGGAUGGCAGAGUGUUCCACCACUACUACCUGCGGGCAAAGUCGGGAGCAAAAAUAGAUGACCUCUGUGAACAUAAGGAUCAAAUUUUGAAAAAAUUUGUGGAGAUGAAGACUUUGAUAAUCCCCCACAUGCCUCCUCCAGUUCCUCUUUCCAAGCCUGGAAAUUCUCCAGAACCGUCAGUUCGUAGUCCACAGGGGAGUCCCAAGAAGAAAUCUCAUCAGCGGACAAACAGCACACCCUCCACGUCUCCUCCAGCCACUCCCAGCUUAGAACAUCCUACUACACUUGCCAUCACAAAGAAUACCCAAGGAAAAAUUACUUCGCGUGGAUCGUCUCCCCUUGUUUCUCCAAGUUCCCCUCGUGUUGGUGGCAAACCCUAUGGGAAAGCUCCCCACAAGUCUCCACAGCCUAAGUCCCCAGUGGCUAAGUCUUCUGCUGCCAAGUCACCAAUUGCAAAAUCCCCAGCAAAGUCUCCUAAAAAGUCAGCAUCAUGAUCACACAGUAAGGUUACCACACCUGACCAGGUGAUGACAGAGGAGGGUUGUCAUGCCUGAGUAAGUGAUCACAGAUCAGGGUUGGCACACCUGACCAAGUGAUGACAGUGGAGAGUUACUGUACUCCACUUGACCAGGUGAUGACAGAUCAGGAUUGGCACACCUGACCAGGUGAUGACAGAGGAGGGUUGCCAUGCCUGAGUAAGUGAUCACAGAUCAGGGUUGACACACCUGAUCAGGUGAUGACAGAGGAGGGUUGCCAUGCCUGAGUAAGUGAUCACUGAUCAGGUGUUGACAGUGGAGAGUUGCUGUACUCCACUUGACCAGGUGAUCAUUGAACAUGAUUGUCAUACCUGACCAGGUGAUCAGAAGGUUGAGUUGCUAGAUGAAAUAGCAGGGUUGCCAUACCUGACCAAGUGAUCACAGAAGAGGUUUUUGCACCUUAUCAGGAGGAUUACUACACCUGACCAGGGAUCAGAGACCUGAUUGCUAGAUUAUUACAGAGCAGGAUUGCUACAGCUGAGCAGAUGAUUAUGAGUAGGUUUGCCAUACCCAACUUCGGGUUAUACUUGACCAGGUAUCACAUCAGGGUUGCCAUAUCAAACUAGUUGAUCAUACUAGGGAUUCCUUAGGUGAUCAUAUAAUGGGAUUGCCACACUCAAGUGAUGAUGUAGUAGGAUUGUCAUACCCAACUAGAUAAGGACAAUAUUGUUGACAUAUCUGGCAUGAUGAUCAUAAAAGGGUUGCCAUACCUAACAAGGUGAUCCAAAGAAUAUUGCCAUAUUUGAUUGGAUGAUCAAAAAGCAGGGUUUUCUAUAAUUGACAACAGUACAGUAGUUGAUCACAUGAGGCUUACCAUAACUGACCAAGUCAUGAUGGUAAAGGUUACUGUAUCAUGCUGACCAAGUGAUCACAAAGAGUGCUGCUUGAUUUAUUUUCUCCCUAUAUGUUUGCAUUAAGAAUAAACAAAUUAAUGUGGCUUUAUCACUGUUCAUUAUGUGCUACACAGUUAGUGAUGUAAAGCUGAUACAGUACAAACUGUUCUUCAGUUGGAGGUGCUGUAGGAAGUGACAUUGUUCUUGGUGAUGAAGGUUGGUUUGGCAUGCUGAGAUUGUAGCAUAAUAAUAAUAAUAUUAGCUUAUCAUUAGUUUCUCCCUAGUCUCAUAAUUUUUAUUAUUAAAUUUUUAGUAUUUUGAUAAAUGGAAUAUGAAUUGUUUUCAAUGUUUUCUGUUUCAUCUCUCUCGAGUGUAACAGUGUGUGUGCAUGUGUGCGUGCGUUGAUAAUUGAUCGCCUGCUAUGAAAUGACUCAUCCAAGGUGUUGGAAGUUAUGAGUGGUCAUCUUAAGAUGUACUGCAUCAGUUUAACAAGUUUUUUCAGAUACACUACUAAUUAUUUUUUGGUUGAGGCAGAGUCUUGAGAGAAUUAUAGGAAUUGGUUUCAUAGUACAGGGUAGUAGUACAGUACAACCAGUGAUAAUUUUACACUGUACUGGCACUGUACGGUAGUACAAAUGAAGAGCCAUGCUUGAAAAAUUAAAUGAUGAGUUUUAGACUUUUUUGUGAUGAAGUCCAUUGGUAGGAAACGUUCUUGGAUAUUUUUUUUUUUUUUUUUAGAAUUUGCCAUGAUUUUGAAUUGUGUUCUCAGAUAAAUUUGGAGCCAAUGGUUCCUAUUUUUUUUAUUGCUAGUGGUGUGAAUAUUGGUAACCACUGUGUAAAACUGGCUGACCGAGUUUUAAGUAACUUGUAAAUCAUCGUAGAUAUGUAUUCAUAGCUAUAUGAGUAUUAUGCUUUGUAAUUUAUUGUACAAAAUUAUAAUUUUUCUAGUCUUUCAUAGGUAUUGUACAAAACUUGAAGUGAUUUCUCAUUUAUUUAUUUAUGUCCAUUCAUAUGGAGCUCCAUACUGUUAUCCAAUGUGAUAAAGCAAAAUUGAUUUAGGUCGAGGAAAAUUUUCCUCUACAAUAUAAGAGAAUUUAUUCAAGACUAUAUUGUACUGUCUGUAGAUAGAAUGUAUAUUAGAUAUAAAAAACAAAAAUAUCCAUUUGGACAAAACUAAAAUUUUCAAGGGUUGGAGAGAAGAUAUACUGUACAGUGGCCACAGAUACUGAACUAACAUGAAUGCUUCUAUGGUUCUUCAUCCCAAAUUAACCAGAGACAACACUGUUUAUUGAUGGACAGGUAUAGAUGGCAUUCAUCAAGGAGGAGGACAAAUUUAUGAUAAGCUCUACCUUCGGCAACAAAACAAUUUUUUAAUUGCAACACAAACUUUUCUUUGUAAAACCAAAAAAUGCCCGGGAGUACAAAUUUAAUGAGGAUGACAGACCAGAAUUUAUCCAGGAUGAGAUGGAAUUAUCUGCUGGGAAGAAUAUUUAUCAAGAGAGAAUUUAUAUAUAGUAUACUUGUAGGUGGAUUUUCAUGAUUGGGACGAGAUGGACUACACCAUUGGCCCUUCUGCCUAUAAUAAAAAUCUGUAGGUCUGGAUAAAUGGGGUAAAACAGUUGAAUAGUUAAGACCUGUAGCAACAAUCUCAGUUGUGACAAUUUUUAACCAGAAUACCCUGUACUUUAUAAUAAAUGUAUUUGCUAUAAUGAGAUGUUUGGUAACAAUAUUUUGUCAUGAUGUUGCUUUUAGCCAUUGACAAAACACUUGUCAAAAUUUUAUUUACAGUACAUUAGAAUUUAAUUCAUAAUUGCUUUCAUGAGAAAUUAGUUUUGUCUAUUUUUGGCUCUUGUGUUGCAUAAUGUAGCAGUUUGUAGUGACAAGCUGUGCCUAUAUGGUGAUGCUGUGUUCAGUGACGAAGAUGAGCACAAUGGCCAACUUAUAUACCUGUACUGUUCUGUACUCUACUCUAUCUUUCAGCGUAAGUUACACUUGAACUUUGUUUUCUAACAACCUUUCUGGCCACAGUUCUGUUGUACUUUGCUUUGGAAGACAACUUUGUUCAAUGGUUGAAGUGCUAAGAGAUUAAUUGCAAAAGCUUUGCUGUAAUUCUGUAAUAAUGCAAAUUUUUAUUAUGAAAAUGAUUACAAAUUCAUAUUAGUGUGUUCAUAUAGUUAAAGUGUGUAGAUAUAAUUCUUAAAGGAGUUUGAAAGCGUAUUUUAAGUACAUAGGUUGAUACUCACAUGGACAAACAUACAGCAAAGUUAUGGUUACAUAACUAAACUGUCUCUUCUUAAAUUAACGUAAUUUUAUGAAAAAUCUUGUCAAUGUUAUUGACACUUUUACACAGAAAUUGCAUUUGAAUUUCACCAGCUUGCUUUGCAGUCAUGAAGCAGAAUGUCUGUUGUCAUUAGUAACUAUGAAUAUAAAUAAUAAGAUGCCGGUGUGACCCCUCUUGGAGAACUUUAUCUAAUUUAUCUCAUCUGUGAAGAUUUUGCUGCCUCUUUGACUUUGAUUUUUCUUGUUACUUUUGGUAUGUAUCGCUCUCUGAUGAUUAGGGUCUCGAGUUAGUCACUGACUGUUCACUAGAUGUUCACAAGGAAAAUAACACAGUAUGAGAAGAAUCUUGUUGCAUCUUACUGUUCUAAUGUUACUGAUGCUGGAAGUAUCAUUUGUCUUGGGAAAACAUAUAAAGGAAUACUAUGGAUAACAAAGAUAUUUAAUAAUUCACAUUUACAACCACUAGGAGCAAUGUGGAUGUUAGGCUUUGAUUUUACAUUACAGUACAUUCCCAUUUGGACCAAUUUUCUGCAUCAUUAUUAUGUGUGUUCUAUAUUUAGGGGGAUAAUUAUUCCUCGUAUAAUUAUACAUUGUUUAAUUAUGGUCUACCUUUUGACUGAUGAUUUUAAAUGAACACACUACAGUAGAUUAAAGCUGUGUUUUCUGUAGUGCCUCUUUGGGAAAUUAUUGAUCAGUGUAAGUUGUACAGGGAUGAUCAGUGUUGUUGAUGUAAAUUUUUUGGUUAAGAUCUGAAUUUAGACAUUGCAGGUACAUUGUGAAAGUGAUGGAUAGAGGAAGUACAGAUAUAGUGGAAAAGAUGAUUAUUGUGGGUGAUAGAGUUGAAGUGGUGUGUGUGUGUGUGGGUGUGUGUGUGUGUGUGGGGUUGGUUGGUUGGUUUUGGUGAGUAUUGCUAUUGUGCAGAUGGUGGUCAAUGUAUAUGGUGUCAGUACAGUGGUGAAUAUGAUCAGUGCACAUUAUACAGUAUAGUAGUUAAUGUGAUCAGUGUAAAUGGUGCAAGUACAAUGGUGAAUAUAAUAAGUGUACUUUAUACAGGUAUGAUAUUGAAAGUGUUUUUUGUUUUGUUGCCAUUAAUACUUUUUGACUGUAAUGCUCAAGAAAUUGUAAGGUGUGGCCUCCCUAUGUAAUGUUAGAGAGGCGUUUUAGACAGUAUAGAAUAUUUUGACGGCUGAGAAUCAGUGUUUUUGUUCACAGACCAAAGCUCGGAUAAAGUUUUAGUUACGUACAGUAUUUUUAUUACAUAAAUGCUCUCUAGUUUGUUGUGUAAAGUCUCAAAAUAUGUUUAUUAACUAGGAAAUGUGUUUGAUUAUAGAUGAUCUUCAGAAUAUGGAAGUACUAUACAAUAAUGAGCAUCAGCCAAGUGAACCAUUAAACAGAGAUCAUCAUCAAAAUAGGAUGAGUUUCUGACCAAUUUAUCUUGUAUUUUAACACUUGCUCGUUUGUAAUUUUUUAUUCAUUUUUAUGCAUAGCAAAUUUUGUUGGUGACAUCUUGCUAGGAUGUGAUAGUGAAUGAAAAUAAACCAUUGGCACAAUGUGUGCUUAAUACACAUCAAAUUCCUUUCACCAGUGUUGGAGUCCACACAUUUGAGUGAAAUGUGUGCUUGGGAUGACACAGAACCCACUAAACUAGUGCAUGGCAAGAUUUUGAUUUGCUCAUCUUUGUGGCAUAAGCCAUCAUUACAACAGUCUUUGGUAAGACAAGUUUAGUACUGUACUGUGGAAGGGAGGAGUGCAAGAUGCUAAUCACUUUCACUCAAAAGCUUUAGCCCACACCAUGGCACAUGUUUCCAUAUUUAGUUAUGCAAUUGAAUCCCCACAGAAAACUUUCUGACCCUUGGUCAGGUUUUGUAGGUCAUUCAUGUAAUAAUUGUGAAUAACUGAUCAUUUUGUUCACCCACUUGCUGUAUAGUACAGGUAUUUGCAUUUUAUUGCCAUUAAUUUAAUGAGUGUUCCAUCAAUAUUGUACCAUCUGUUUGGUCAUUAGCUAGAGAUAACUGACUAUUGUUGUAAUUGAUUCAGACAUAAUUUCUAGAUGUGCUAGAGUUUAAGUGGGUCAAUUCUAAAUGUAUCAAGGCAUUAAUGUAGAGAAGCUUCGUGACAUACGGAGUCGUCGUCUGAGACGAACAUCUUGUGUGUCUCUUUAGUGUAUAUUGUGCAACUGUUACAUUUUAUGUGAUAACUCUCAAUGUUGGUCCAUCAUCAUCACCUUUUCUAGCACUCAUAUUUCUCUGCUCAUCUAGGAAGUCCCCUUUAGCACUUGACUUAACAGUAAGGUAUGAACACCCGGGCUGCCCUUUUGAUUAUUGCUUUAACCUCUACUUAUCCUGUUAAUUGCAACACUCACAGGAUGUUUAGUUGAUCAUAGCAUUAAUAUCCAGUCACUUUUGUUUGUAUCUUAACAAUGGGUCAUACCAUUAAUUAUGGCAUUACUACUGGAUCAUUGUUUAUUAUGGCAUUCACAAUUAGAGGUCAAAUUAACACAACCUGGUGGUAGAGAUAUCAUCACCAGGUUGUUCUGGUGGUGACUAUCCCCAGGUAUUACCAGUGUUGUUGUGCUGCUUGUGGCAUUAGCAAUGAAUUACCUCAUUACUAGUUUGUCAAUUGGCUAGUAACAUUCACAUUACUGAAGAAUUCAAAGGUACAGUUUAGGAAUUUGAGUUAUAAGCAAUAGGGUCAAAUGAGGCAACAAUUGGAGCACAUUAAUACAAAUGAACUCAUGGUGUCUACUCUCAAGAUCCCAAAUUUUAUUUAGCAAUGAACCCCGUCAUUUCUAUAAACUAUAAAUGUGGUACAUUCCUACCACAUGUUAAUACCUGUUUCAAUUGGCAGAAAAGAAGGGGUUAAUAAAGAGCUCAGUUUGGCUAUUCAACUGGUAGUAAAAGACAUGUCAAUAAUAUAUCGGUAUUUGUCUUGCAUUGCCCCCCCGGGAGAGCGAGGUAUAUCACACACACACAGUUCAUGUUAAUGAAAAGUUCAACUGUGAAUGAUGGCCGAAAGUACUUUAAACUAGUACAGGGCUGUACUUUUUUUUUUUCAAAUACCUUUUAGGAGUCUAUAGAAAUUAAAGAGUGCUUGCUAAGAAAGCCUGUUAGGUUGCACUUGUAAUAGCAAGCUGUUGUAGUGCCAUAUGGAAUGAAAAGACAAAUUAGCAUAAUUAAGAGGCUUUGUGAUAAGGAUAAUGCUCCUCCUUCACCACUCAUGAGACACAGGUUUAAACUCUGCCUGGUAGUGCUGGCAAGGCAUUAUUAACUGUGUUGUAUGCAGAAUCACUCGCAAAGUUUUCCUUCUUUUUCUUCUUUUCUUACAUUGCCAACUUUCAAAAGUGGGGGUUUAUUAAAAAUACCAGUUUUUGUUUUAGAUGUAGCUCAGUAGAGAAGGUGCAACAGUGGAUCUCAUAUGGUUGGUUAGCCAGCAGCAGCAGUGGUGGGUCUUAUAUAGUUCACCCAGGUGCCAGGCUGAUCAACUUACUACAUACAUUCCACAACAGUACGUCUUGUAUGUUGUUGGCGUGUUUCACACUUUCCUCAUAGUGGUUGGUGUAAAUCUUCACUCUUUAAUGGGUUAAUGUGAAGAUUGGGUUGCAUAAUUUUACCCAAUUCUACUGUGUCAUCAUGUCCUGUUAUUAAACUAGGGUGGAAUGUGUUACAAGGGUUGGCUUACUAUGUCCUGCCAUUGCUGGGGGCCCUGGGAUGGGGUAGGGCCCUUUAUUUUGUAGAAAUGUAUUAACCUAUUGGGCAUUCCACUUCCAAAGUGAAAUGUAAAUGAAGUCUUACAGUUUAGAUGAAUAAAUAUAUCAUGGUAGUUUAUUUGGCCUUGAUUUAUAUUAGCUGGAAGGGAGGGUGUUGCCUUGUUAGGGGCUCUGGCUCACCUAAGGAACACCAUGGCUGACCUAAGGCUAUCCCUACCUGACCUAAGGCUCACCUUGGCUGACCUAAAACUAUCCCUACCUGAAGUAAGGCUCACCCUGGCUGACCUAAGAUCUUCCUAGCUGACCUUAGGCUAGCUUUGUUUGGCCUAAGAUUAUCCUUAGCUGACCCAAGGCCAUCCUAGUUGACCUAAGAUUAUCCUUGGCUGACCUGAGGCUAUCCCUAACUGACCUAAGGCCAUCCUGGUUGACCUGAGGCUAAUUCUGGUUGACCUAAGGCUGGCACUGUGUCUUGUUAACCCUUGAUUGGGAUUUUAAUAGAAACCAAUUUAAGCAUCUUAGUUUUGAACAACUAGUGUUCAUAUUAAGACUUGGCUUAAGUGCCCCUCACACACAAGCAUUUGCUUAUGCUGUUAAUUGGAAAUUGUUUGGGUUAUAUAGGACCCAAGAUUUGUUGACAAGAAGAUAGAUAUUGUAGCUCCCACUUAGAGCCAAAAUCAAGUGGAACUCAGACCAGAGUGUAACCAUUAGGAAUGUAGAUACUGUAGUUCAUCACCGUGACUUCAUUUGGCUUCCAUUGGAGUCUACGAACACUGUGAUGUAGCUGUGGUCCAGCAAUCUGCCUCAUCUGGGAUGUAUGACUCUUGGUCAUAGUUUCUCACAGUAUAUGUAUAGUAAGUGGAAUAAUUUGCAUUUGAGGAACAAAUUCCCUUUCAAAUUAAUUUCAUAGUUACAGUAUUUAUCGUUUCAUCAAAAGUAUCUUUUUCUCUUCCUUUUUUUUGUGGUUUUAAUCUGUGGGCAAUACUUGGCAUGAGCCAUGGAUGACAUGUCAACCUUUGCAGCAAGAAUGACAACUCCUUUCACAGGUCACACUUAAUACAUGAUGGACCUUCUCUCAAUAAUGUGCAAGAUUCACCUGUGAACAACACUAUCUUCCACUCCUGGUUCAUGUACAGAGUAACACUAUUGAUCUAUGAAUAAAAAUGAAAAAUCUGUCCUGUAGUACUAUAUUCUCAAAAGCUGUCCGUUAAAAGUCUUUUGGAUUUUUUUGUAUGCACAAGCUGUAUUACAUCAGAUUAUUCUUUAAAUACAUAUUGCACAAAGAAAA